AUUAUUAUAUAUCUUAUCGACUAUUUUCUACAUCAGUGAAAUUAGACAUAUUAAAACAAUAAUGAUUUUUUACACAAGAUCACUAAUAUGCAUCAUUCUGCAAAUUGCUUUUUGUAAUUCAGAAGAAGUAAACGCCAUAUUGUAUGAGUACAAUGAUACAAACAUUUUGAUCUUAAAUCAAGAGUUCAUAUUACGGGGCUCUGUAAUUGUACAAGAUGUAUCAGAUAAUGACGAAAACUACUUAAAUAUAGAAUUAAGAACUAGAGGUGAAACUACUUUUUACAUGAUUGAGACAUUGAAUCUAAGUCAUUGCCUGGCUCUUGUAGGCUUCUAUUGUGUUUAUGACAAGAACACGUUUUUAAUUUAUUUUAAUACUACCACAAUGAUAGAAUUUAAUCAAUCAGAAUGGAGAAUGAUGGGCUCGUACAAUGGAUAUGAAUUUAGUAGUAAUCAUAUCUUUUUACCUAUAGUAAGACCCUUUGUUGAAGUCAGCCUCCAAGAAUUCAACCAAUCCUACUCUAAAUGUGAACAAGAUUUGCUAGAAAAUGAGGGAAUUAAGUUGGAAGGAUAUGUUAGGUUCUAUAAGGACUUGGAUGACGAUGAACACUAUAUAAUGAUCGAAAAAAAAGCUAAAAACUCAACUACAUUUCUCAUAUACAAUAAUGCAUUUCUGAAUAAAUGUGAUGACGAAUCCUCAUCUUUGAGGUGUAGUAAAGAUGGGGAGAUGAAUUCCUAUAGAAUUACAAUGUCUUUAAACGCCACAAAAGACCUAAGUCAAUCCGAAUGGCGACUCGCUGGAAAAUGUAAGGGCAUUGAUUACUGGAGCACUCCUAUACAACUACCCAGAAUAUUAGAUCCUUCAGAUAUUGUAGUAAAUUUAAACAAAGAACCAUUAUCUAGUAAAACAACUACCUAUGAACCAAACACUGAUGAAUUGACUCUUUGCUGUAUAGAAGCCCCUUUGCCAUGUAUAGCUGUUAUUACAGUUAACUUGAAGGAACAAUUUGAAAAUCCGACAUGCGUCACAUACACAAGGAGUAAGACAGAAAAAGAGGAGUUCAUGUUUGGCUAUAGGGUUUGUGGAAAUAGUUCAUCCGUGCACAAGUUUAUCCUUGUCAUUGAACCUGAAGAUACAAUCACAAAUCAACAUAAUGUGACUUUAAUAUUAAUAAUGUUAGCAGCAUUGUUGCUAUUUUUUGUAUGGACGUUUAUCUUUCUUAAAGAUAAAUCAAAGCAAAAAACAAUGCAAAACAACGGAUCAUCAAAAAAUGAAAAGACGAAUGAAAGCAAAUCAGCUACAGAUGAAAAGACGAAUGAAAGAAGUACAUCAAGAAAGACACCAAGGCAAGUUCUUUCUAAAAAAAAAAAAACUAAAAAACUCUUCAAAUAGAAACCAUAUACGUUUAAUGAAUCUAAAGAAAAUGUAGAAGGGCAUCUUCUUGAAAAAUGAUGAUUCUCAAAUUUAACUAAUUAAAUAUUCUAAAAAAUAUAACAUAAAGUCACCAGCAAUAAAUAUUUUUAUUUAAAAACAAAA